AUUUGCUGAGGCCCCCUUGUGGGCUCCUGCUCCCUGGUUGAGAACAAGUUGUCUAAUGCUUGUCUCUGUGUUAAGGCACAACCUGGACUCAAGAGAUAGUGGAUCUUCUGCUGCACAAUGGAGAUGCUGAGGUGUGCAAGAGAGCGCCGACAGUUGUCCGUAUACCAUUUCUGGAAAUUUUCUCUCCUCCACCUAUACCAUCAGGGCUUGACUUACUUAGACAGAUGAAACCACCGAGAGUAAUCAAGACUCACUUACCCAUUCAACUAGUGCCUAAAGGAUUCUGGGAAAAUAAAUGCAAGGUCAUCUAUACAGCCCGAAAUGCUAAGGAUAAUCUUGUAAGCUACUUCCACUUUGAACGUAUGAAUCUUACCCAGCCAGAGCCAGGACCUUGGGAUGGAUACAUUCACAAGUUCAUGAAGGGGGAAUUAGGUUGGGGCUCUUGGUAUGACCAUGUCAAAGCUUACUGGAAGGAAUGCAAGGAAAAGAAUAUUCUCUACCUGCUCUAUGAGGACAUGAAGGAGAAUCCUGUUAGGGAGAUUAAAAGAAUCAUGCACUAUCUGGACCUGUCUGUUUCUGAGGAUAUCAUAGAAAGGAUUGCGCAGUUGACAUCCUUCCAAGUCAUGAAAGACAAUCCAAUGGCUAACUACUCCUUCAUUCCGAAACCUGUGUUUGAUCAGUCUAUUUCUGCCUUCAUGAGAAAAGGAGAGGUCGGUGACUGGGUUAACCAUUUCACUCCAGCUCAAUCGAAGAUGUUUGACGAAGACUACGCAAUCCAAAUGAAAGACACAAACAUUCCUUUCCGCUAUAGCAUCCAUUAAUAAUUUAUGCAACAUUACAUAUAAUAUCACAUUCACAUGCUAUUCAACUAAUCUCUUAUAAUUACAAAUAUGUGUAUAUAUAUAUAUAUAAUUUUCAGAGCAAAUAAAAUGUCAGUAUUUCUAUAAAGUUUAGACCUAUAUCAGAUUUAGAGCAAUAUGCUUUCAGGCUCAGGUAAUUAAACGUUAGAAUUUAUAGCUGGAUUAAUUUACAGUUAAGGUCAAGACAAUUCACCUUUGGCUAAGCCCCGCCCCCCUUAGUUACUGUUGCUACAUCCGUCAAACUUCAUCUGCACUUAUGCUG